AUGACGGACUCGGAUGCAAAGACUGCGGUAUCAGCGAGCGUUAAUGCGCACGGCGAUGAUGACCAGACCAACUAUGGCCACGACUCCGGAUCGGAUUCGAUCGAUUUGCGCGACGAGCUCAUCAAUACGUCUGACGUGGACGAUGUGCUCGCCAGGAAAAUGGCCCUCGUGAAUGCCGCAAUCGACGAGAUUGGCAUGACCCCGUUUCAAUGGAAGCUUUUCUUUCUGAAUGGGUUUGGAUAUGCUGUUGAUUCGCUUCUCGUCGUCUGCCAGUCUAUUGCCCAGCCAGCAGUUACCCAGGAGUUUGGCAAUCCUAGCCAAUACAUUGCUGGUGUUUCUCUUGCUUCUCAGGUUGGCCUUCUUGUCGGAGCCGCUGUCUGGGGGUUCUCAGCCGACGUUAUUGGCCGGAAGCUCGCAUUCAACACGAGCCUCUUUUUAUGUGCUGCAUUCGUGUUGAUUGCUGGUGGAAUGCCAAACUAUAUUUCUUUCUGCGCCAUGGUUGCUAUCUACUCAGCUGGGGCAGGAGGAAAUUACAUUCUUGAUGCGACAAAUUUCCUCGAAUUUCUGCCCGUAUCGCACGCCUGGCUCGUCACCUUUCUAGCUGUUUGGUGGGCAGUCGGGUACACCAUCACUGGGCUGUUAGCAUGGGCAUUCAUGAGCGACUAUAGCUGUGCACCUGACGCUACUGUCACAGAAUGCACUCGAGCCGAUAACAUGGGAUGGCGAUAUCUGCACUUUACCUGUGGGAGCCUCGUGCUUGUCCUAAGUGUUCUACGCUUGCUUCUUGUCCGUAUGGUACAGACACCCAAAUGGCUAACGAGCCAGAACCGCGAUGAGGAGCUUUACCGAAUCCUCGUCGAUUUGUCAGAGAAAUAUAAACGACCAUUGUCUUUGACAUUUGAGAAGCUUCAAUCCCAGGGACGUGUCCUUCACACAGAUAAAUCCGUAUGGUCUGGUCUCCGACUCAGAAACCAUUUUUCCGGUUUGUUCAGCACCCGUCGACUGGCAUAUUCUACGAUUAUGAUCAUCAUCAACUGGCUACUAAUCGGGACUGUUUCACCACUAUUCGGUGUCUUUUUGCCGUAUUAUCUCAAGUCCCGCGGAGCACAAACCGGGGAUGAUUCGAAUUAUACCACCUGGCGCAACUAUGCAGUCAAUCAAGUGGCCGGUUUGAUCGGGCCUAUAAUUGCCGGAAUUCUGGUUGAAACACGAUUCAUAGGACGAAGAGGCACACUUGCCAUCGGCGCCGCGGUUACAACUGCUUUACAGUUUGGAUACACGCAAAUCAAAACCCCAGCACAAAAUCUGGGGGUUUCGGCGGCUAUUUCGGCGGCGUCGAAUAUCUACUAUGGAACGAUAUAUGCGUAUACUCCGGAAAUUCUACCAACUGCUCAUCGUGCUACGGGUUAUGGGCUUUGCGUUGUUCUGAAUCGGAUAGGUGGCAUUGUUGGCGUGCUGGUGGGUAGCUAUGCCAAUGUAGAGACUGUUGUGCCGCUGUGGAUUUGUGCUGGGUUGUAUGGCGCUUUGAUUAUUACUAGCUUGUUAUUACCAUUUGAAAGCAUGGGCAAGAGAAGUGUUUAG